AAACACCGUAGGUGCCCUAAUUCUAAUUGGCGUCAUUCAGAGCCACUCAAGGUGGAGAAGACGGGCAAAAUUGAAGCCUUUCCUUCGGCGAAGAAGAGAAGGAGACCUGCAAAAUAUUUUCAUCAUUAGACGUUAAAGUUUAUUAAAGUGUAUCAAAUGUUCUUCAUGAAUACUUUGUGCAUGGGAGUUAGAAUGAAAGAAAGAUUCGCUCUUUUAUAAACUUUUUCAUCUUUUGGAAUCAUUGUUUGAGCGCUUGAGGAACAUGCCCUUCCUUCGUACAACCAAGGGAAAAAACCUCCCUUAAAGUGUUCACAACACUUAACCACUCAAGAACAAAAACUCUCUUAAAGAGUAGAAUAUGAGUAAACUAAUUUAGAUCAAGAACACACUCAAUUCCUCAAGAAAUGGCUCUAAAAAGCUAUGUAAAAAGUUUAUGGAAUGAUGCAAUGUAAAGCUAUGAAAUGUGUGAGGAAUGGAUGUGAAAAGUAGACCCAAGAGACCCCUUUUUAUACCCAAAAACANGUGUUCACAACACUUAACCACUCAAGAACAAAAACUCUCUUAAAGAGUAGAAUAUGAGUAAACUAAUUUAGAUCAAGAACACACUCAAUUCCUCAAGAAAUGGCUCUAAAAAGCUAUGUAAAAAGUUUAUGGAAUGAUGCAAUGUAAAGCUAUGAAAUGUGUGAGGAAUGGAUGUGAAAAGUAGACCCAAGAGACCCCUUUUUAUACCCAAAAACAAGAAAUUUCAUUUGGUAUCAAAGCUUGCAUAGCUUAAUUUACUAGCUAUCGAUCAUAUCAUGGGAGACAUGGAAGAAGGAGCAAAUGUUCAGAGACCACCUUUACUGCGUGGACACAACUACAAUUUCUGGAAGGGCAGGAUGAGGGCUUUUCUCAAAUCUCUUGGAGGUGGGGUCUGGAGAAGCGUGGAAACUGGGUGGACUGAACCACGCAAAUAUUCUGAUGAUUUGACUACAUCAAGAAUCAAACCAUUCGAAGAAUAUAGCAGAACUGAGGUAACUGCUGCUGAGUUUAACGAUAAAGCCCUAAAUGCAAUCUUUGGGGCAGUGGAUUCUACUCAGUACAAGCUCAUCUCAAACUGCGACAAUGCCAAGGAAGCUUGGGAUAUUCUUGAAGUCACACAUGAAGGAGAUGAGAAAGCUGCACGACUAAAUGAACCCAUUCCAGAAAACAAGCUGGUUCUUAAGGUGCUGAGAUCACUUCCAAAAGAAUAUGAGAUGGAUGUCAAGGCCAUUCGGCGUUCCCACAACAUCAAAAACAUGACUCUUGACGCACUUAUGGGAAUACUGGAAUCAAUUGAACUGGACAUGGUAGAAGAUAAUAAACGAAGGAAACCUGAUAAGCAGAUAGCAUUUCCCAGCACUGAGGUGGAAGAUGACGGAGAACAUGAUUGGUCACUUGAUGAAGAUUUCCAAGAGCAGCUAUCACUGUUCACCCGGCAAUUCAAGAAGCAGUGGAUUCAAAAGAGAUCAAAUCAAAGACAUGAAGGCACCUCUAAGGGACUUCCAUCAAAAGAUGCUAAGUAUAAAGAAACACACAGAUAGCCCUAACUAUAUGAAGAAAAAGGGGCCACAGUG